UUCGUAUUCACUCUUGUACCGCGAAGCGAAGUGGACGUUUCCCGCGUGAACUUGUUUUUAAUUUUUACUUUUUUGUGUUUUUGGUGGCCAGUGCUUUUAUAGUUUUAAGAAGUUUUAGUGUUGGAUCGUUUUUUUUUUAUGUAAGUAUUAAAUAAUGGAUUUUCGGAUAGACUUACCGUGAGUUACAAGAAAACCUAAACAAAAUGGCGGAACACGAGGGUCCUGUGGUCGUGGAAGACCUGCCGAUUUCAUUCCAGGUAAAAUACCUCGGGCAGAGCGAUGCACGAGGGCUGUGGGGUAUCAAACAUACGAGGAAGCCAGUGGACCUGAUGGUAGCUGCGGCUAAGGCUAUACCACCAGGUCAAAUCCUCCCCAUCGUGAAACUGGUGAUCACCGUGGACGGCGUCCACUUGGAGAGCAUCCACCACGGCCCCAAGCGCGACUUCGAACACAUGUCCGUCUUCUUCAACAUCGAGUCCAUCUCCUACGGCGUCCAGGACUUAGUGUAUACAAGAGUCUUUUCCAUGAUCAUCGUUAAAGACAACGCUGAUGUUAAGGGCUUGAAUCCUUUCGAAUGUCAUGCCUUCGUCUGUGAGUCUAGAAACGCGGCGAGGCGACUGACGUAUGCGCUGGCGGCUGCUUUCCAGGACUAUUCUAGAAGGGUGAAAGAAAUGCAGACCACUCCAGAACUGGACGAGAGGCCACCCAGCCUGAAGAAGAGGUUCGCAAUCGACCUGCGGACGCCAGAAGAGAUUGAGGCCGACUUAGAAACAGAAGCUUAAAUCUGUCAGAACAAAACAUAGUGCCAGUUGCACCAUCCGCACUUGACAGAUUGAUCAACGUCACCCGGCGCGCCGCGGCGGUUUACUAUGAAACUUUUCGUACAAUACAAUUUAGCGAACUCUUUAAAGAUGCCAAACAGUUUGGUGCAACCGACCCUUAUUCUUCUAAACUUUUUGUUAUUCGUUUUAUAAAUGUAACUAGCGACCCGCCCCGGCUUCGCACGGGUUACACAAAACCUUAACAAAUACACUUAACGACUGCGUCAAACCUUCCUCAAGAAUUCCUAUUGAUAGGUGCAUAAGAACCGCAUGAAAAUCCGUUCAGUAGGCAGUAGUUUUUGAGUUUAUCGCGAACAUACAAACAGACAGACACACAGACGCGGUGGUGGACUUUGUUUUAUAAGGUGUAGUGAUAAGACAGGUACAUACCUCAACCAAAGACACUUGAAAAUUAAUGGAAUUCAACUCUAAAAGGUUGCUGCUCGCUGCAGAGAGCCUUAAGGGGCCCACAGACUAUCAGUCCGCCGGACGAUAUCGGCCUGUCAGUUAGAACAAAAAUUUGACAGUUCCGAACAACUGACAGGCCGAUAUUGUCCGGCGGACUGAUAGUCAGUGGACCCCUUAACGCAACGUCUUACUUACGUAAGACACGAGUUGUUCGCGAACAACUCGCGAACGCGAAGCGAAGCGACACGACGCGGCGGGCCCACGGCGUUCGCGUUCGCAUCGAGAUCGCCCACGUAGGACACUUCUAUAGGUAUCAAAGGAUUGAUUCACCCCGCUCUGCAUCGCUUCGCUUCGCGUUCGCGUGUUGUUCGACUACGUAGUACGCUGCGUAAAAGUGGCUUUCGGAUGUAAACUACAGUGGACGUAGCCAAGAUGCCAAAAUCGUUUGAAGAAAACGAAACGAAACGCUAUCAUUUCCAUUUAGAAAGGUUUAUGUACAUAAUUCACUAUAGUAGUAUUAAGCGAUGUACGUAUAGUGUUUUGCCUUAUAAAUAUACCCUUAUUUAUACAUAAAGUAUACUAUUGUAUUAUGGAGUAGAAAUAUUUUAAUAAAAUAUUUAAGUCCAUGCGUGAUCGGUGUACCAGCAUAUUUUUAUACUUAUAUGAUUUAGGGCGUGCAUAUAUGAUUUAGAAAUGAGGGCUAACGCGUAUGAAAUCGCCGCUAGGGGCGCUAGUGUAGAUGGUGGUCUUUUCCAUACUUCGAAAUGUCAAAUGUCACUUGUCACUUCAAUGACUGACAGCUGUUCUUUAGUUUUUUGGACCACCAUCAACAGAUAAUAUUGUUUAAAGUGUAAUAUCGAUAGCUUAUUAUACAGUAAACUAAUGUGGUAGUGUGCAGUGAAUGGAGAAUUAAUUUUGAAGCGCGUUUAACCACCAUCUUGGAGUCAACGGCCGGUAGUCCACGUGCUUCUUGUAAAGUCUAGCUAUCGAUUUACAAGAGCUAACAAAUCACCGUACACUGUCUUGUACAACCGUACAAUUUUUGUCGUUUGUAAACCUCUCAAUACCUUGAUACUGGCGAAAUAGUCCCACUGGGCUGAAGCCAUAAUUUUAAAAGAAGAAGAAGAACAGAGGCGCCAACUGGUGAGCAAAAAAACGAUAGCCCUCAUUGAGUCGGUAUUACUGGUAUAGAAUUUUGCCCGCGAGAAACUGGGCUAUGUGGUUAAUAAAUUUAAGUUAGUUUUGUAUACUAUGGUAUGGAGUCAUCCAUAGUUCCAUACCUGCUUAACAUUUUUUACAUCAAUCCUAGAAAUUGAAAAAUCGGUGUACCAGCAUAUUUUUAUACUUAUAUGAUUUAGGGCGUGCAUAUUUGAUUUAGAAAUGAGGGCUAACGCGUAUGAAAUCGCCGCUAGGGGCGCUAGUGUAGAUGGUUGUCUUUUCCAUACUUCGAAAUGUCAAAUGUCACUUGUCACUUCAAUGACUGACAGCUGUUCUUUAGUCUUUUGGACCACCAUCAACAGAGGCGCCAACUGGUGAGCAAAAAAACGAUAGCCCUCAUUGAGUCGGUAUUACUGGUAUAGAUUUUUGCCCGCGAGAAACUGGGCUAUGUGGUUAAUAAAUUUAAGUUAGUUUUGUAUACUAUGGUAUGGAGUCAUCCAUAGUUCCAUACCUGCUUAACAUUUUUUACAUCAAUCCUUAUACCUAGAAAUUGAAAAAUUGUUUCUAUGGGUAAUUCUGGGUGAGUUUUAUUUGAAAUAAGGUUUGUUUCAAACAUAGGCCAAAGUACUAUACCACCACCUAAUUAACUAUAUACUGUAAAAGCUCCCCAGUAUGGUCCAAAUUUAACUCCAAUGUGUUCAGAUGUGACUAAUUGAAUAUCGCGUUCUAAUGCAAACUAUUUUUAUAUUAUAAAAAAUAGAAGAUUUGUCUCCUUUUUAGACCGUUUCGAUCUUAUAGACAUAGGUCUCAUUAAAUGUUUGCUAUUCUGUUCUAUUUGGCGUUCUUUGACCAUAUUUGUAGUAGGUACCUACUGUACUAGAUGGGUCGUUUUACGGUAUGUUUUUAUUAUUACAUGUAAGUAUAUUAUAAUGUGCCUAUUGGCACUACAUGCCUAUAGAGGCUGUAUAAAUAUGAUUGUUUAUAUUUAUUAGAAUUCUAAGAUUAUAAAUACCAAAACACCGUUUGUGAUUUAGCUAAUAGUGUUAAUUGUAGCGGACUGUAUUUUGUUUAAGAAUAAAAUAAAGACGAAAGUACAUAU